AUGUAAUAAAUAAGGGAAAAUUAACAAAAUGAUGCCGAAUAUAACGAUUUGGAAGACGAGAACGAUCGAGAACAGGAAAAAUAAUAGCAAGCAAAUACUAAUAAUUAAAGGAAAGAGUUAAUAUCCCCAGAAAUAAUUGCAAAUUGGAAAAAAAUAAGGGGAUAUCCUCCAAAUUAAAAAGUAUAUAUAAUUUUAGGGCAAUAUUAGGACUUAAGAAAUUAUUUGAAUUCCGAAGGAUGGAUAGAAAACGAGAAUUAGGAAAGCUUAAUUUUUGAUUUAAAAUGGGUAACAAAAAUGAAAGAUGUGGACCAUGUAUAAUUAUUAGAUUAAUAAAUAACGAAUCAUUUCGAAAAAAACUUCAAUUUAACAUCGAAAAAUGGUCUUGCGAAGAAUUUAAGAAAUUUAAUUCAAUCCGAAAAUAUAGACUUUGAUGUUUUCUACCCAAGAUGCUUUGAUUUAGGAGAUGUAUAGGAAUUUGAAGACUUUGUGGAAGAAUUUAAGUUUUCUCACGCCGAAAGCGUGGUUAAAUAAUUUGUUUAAGAAAAUAAAAAUAGUUAAACUGAAUUUAAUUAAUUUUAGUUAAUAUAGGUGUUAGUUGCUGUUUAUUCUUUAAUUAAAAAAACUAAAUCAAUUCUUUAAAAAAUAAAUGAAAUUGUAUAUAUAUAUACAUAUAUAUAUAUUAAUAUAUAUAUAUUAUAUAUUUAUAUAUUUAUUUAUUAUUAUUUUUUAUAUUAUUAUUACAUAUAUUAAUAAUAUAAAUUAAUCAUUUUUUUAUAUUAAUUAAAUUAGAAAAAUAAUUAAGUUCCUAUUAUUUCUGCCGAAGAAUGGAAAAUUAUAAAUUAUUAAUGCGAUUAUGUUUAUAUAAGAAAAAAUUAAGACCUUUGUUUUAAAAUAUUUUAAAAAAUAUAAGAAGAAUUAGGAAUUACUUAAGAAAAUAUACUUGAAGAAUGUCAUAAAUAACUAGAAAAUCUGAAAAAUUACGAUAUAUAAACACAACUAAACAAUAAAAAUAUGUGGAUUGUCAAACCUGCUGGACUUUCCAGAGGAAGAGGCAUUCGAACUUUUUAAUAACUAGAACCACUUCUUAAUUACGUUAUUGGAAAAAAUGUUAAUUGGGUAGCUUAGAAGUAUAUGGAAAAUCCUUUAACCAUAAAUAAAAAAAAAUUUGAUAUUAGAUAAUGGGCUUUAGUAAGUGAAUGGAAUCCUUUAUAAAUAUUUUUUUAUGAUGAAUGCUAUAUUAGAUUAUGUUUUGAAGAUUAUACAGCAGAUAAUUUAGAAAAUAAAUUUGUUCAUUUAGCAAAUAAUUGCAUUUCUAAGUAGGCUGAAGGAUUUUAAGAAAAAGUAAAUGAAACUAUGAUGUGUUUAGACGAUUUUAUAGAAUAUAUAAAAAAACAAGAAAAUGGGAGGGAUUUCUAUAAUGAAAAAAUAAAAAAAUAAAUGCAAAAUAUUGUAAUUAACUCUAUAAAAAGUUGCAAAGAUACAAUGAUUAAUCGAAAAAAUUCAUUUGAAAUUUACGGAUAUGAUUUUAUGGUUGAUGAAAAUUAUAAUGUUUGGCUUCUAGAAGUUAAUUCAAGUCCUUCAAUGGAGCAUUCUACUAGAUAAUAUAAAAAAAUAUAAAUUUCGUAAAUAUAUAUGAAAUGA